AAAACACGUGUGAAAGCCAUGCUGGGAAGAAAUUACGCGCCGGUGCGCACUGCGCGUCAACCAGCCCCAGCCGGAACAACUCCAGACUUUUAACAGCUUAAUACAUAUAAUUUUAGCAAUUAAGAAACCGAGUGAAGGAAUUAUGGUCAUUUCUCACAUAAUCCGUCCAAGUUCGCGAACAUAGAAUAUGUGGUAGGCUAGACUUGUUUUGUUUUUUUAAUUUCCUACAGAAACCAAAUGGACACGUAGCUAGAGGGGCAGGAAAACCUUUUGUUGGCCUUCGUCCCGUUUGAGAAAUAUAUGUGUCAUGUCGGAAGAAAAUAAUUCAGCGGAGCCAGACAUUUGCCCAGAAAGUGAGGAAUGUCCUGCGGAAGAUUCCUUUGGCUUUGGAGAUGAUCUGGAGUUAAAUCAGUUCGAUGGAUUGCCCUUUUCCUCCCGUUACUACAAAUUACUAAAAGAGAGAAAGAGUCUGCCAGUGUGGAAGGUCAGGUGCGACUUUAAAGAAGCUCUGGUAAACAACCAACUGGUUAUUGUGUCUGGGACAGCAAAGACUGGGAGGAGCACACAGAUUCCUCAGUGGUGUGCAGAGUUCUGUCUGUCCGCCCAGUACCAGCACGGCAUGGUUGUGUGCACACAGACCAACAGACAGCAGGCUGUAGAUCUGGCCUUGCGCGUGGCAGAUGAAAUGGACGUCAACAUAGGCCAUGAAGUUGGCUACACCAUCCCUCUGGAGACCUGCUGCUCCUCUGACACUGUUCUGAGGUACUGCACUGACGAUAUGCUGCUGAGGGAAAUGAUGUCAGACCCUUUUCUGGAACACUUUGGGGUCAUUAUCAUCGACCAGGCCCACGAGAGGACAGUAAGCACAGACAUACUGCUGGGUCUCUUAAAGGACAUCCUGCUGCAGAGGACCGAGCUCAGAGUGGUGGUCCUCGCCAUCCCGCCCGUGACCGACAAGCUGCUGAGCCACCACGGCAGCGUCCCGCUCAUCAGUCUGGAAGCCUCGUCUCCUGCUGAGGCGGUCCACAGCAACUGCAGCAACAAAGACUACUUCUUCUCAGCACUGAGACUGGUGCUGGAGAUUCAUCGAACCAAAGAGGACGGAGAUGUUGUCGUGUUUUUUGCCUCAGCUGAGGAGGUUCAUUGUGCCCACAGCAUCCUCCAGAGAGAAGGCACCAGGCUGGGAGCCGAGCUGGGUCAGAUGGUGCCUGUGGUCCUGUGUCCACGCCGAGGAGGGCUACUGCCCGCCCUCACUGACCAACCAGUCUCCAAGAGGUCCAGGACGGUUUACCUCUCUACCAAACAGGGGGAGGAUAUUUGGUGGGCCACCAAGUCUGUCAACUUUGUCAUUGACACAGGAGUCCAAAAAAAGAUGGUGUACAAUCCAAGAAUAAGAGCUAACUCGGAAGUACUGCAACCUAUCAGUCAGUGUCAGGCAGACCUACGCGGGCGGCUGUCUGGACCUACAGGUAAAUGUUUCUGCCUAUAUCCAAAAGACAGCCAGCUUCCUUCAGAGAACUCCCCACAGAUCUUGGAGUCCAACAUAACACCAACAGUCCUAUUCCUAAAAAGGAUGGAGAUCGCCGGCCUUGGACAGUGUGAUUUCAUGGACAGACCAGAUCCCGAGGGGCUCAUGCAGGCGUUGGAGGAGCUGGAUUAUCUCGCAGCUUUGGACGACGAUGGCAACUUGUCUGAGAUUGGCAUCAUAAUGUCUGAAAUCCCACUGGACCCUCAGAUGGCCAAAGCCUUGCUGGCAUCCUGCGAGUUUGACUGUGUGAGUGAGAUGUUAACGAUCGCAGCGAUGCUGUCUGCGUCAAGCUGCUUCCCAGAGCCACCUGCUGGCAUGACCCACGAGGCAGUCCAGUGUCACAGAAAGUUCCAGCACCCUGAAGGCGAUCACUUCACCCUCAUAAACAUCUACAAUGCCUUCAAACAAAGCCAGAGAGAACAAUAUUUCACCGCUGAAAAGUGGUGCCAGGACUAUUUCCUGGAUCAUUCUGCCCUGAAGACAGCUGAGGCCAUUAGAGCCGAGUUGACCGACACUCUGAACAGGAUCGAGCUUCCCAUCUCUGAGCCUUCCUUUGGAACCAAAACCAACACCCACAACAUCAAAAGAGCUCUGCUGGCCGGCUUCUUCAUGCAGAUCGCUCGGGAUGUAGACGGAUCAGGAAACUACUUCAUUCUGACACACAAGCACAUGGCCCAGGCGCACCCGCUCUCCUGCUACGGGGCUCAGUCCCAGAAGCUGGGGCUGCCAGAGUGGGUUGUUUUCCACGAGUACACCCUGUCAGACAACAACUGCAUGAGAACAGUCUCUGAAAUUUCCCCUCAAGUGUACAUUCAAAUGGCACCGCUGUACUUCUUCUACAAUCUGCCCCCUAGUGAAAGCAAAGACAUACUGCAAGAAAUGUUGGACCCAGACGGAUCCAGAAAAUGUGAAGACGGGAAACAAAAAGCAAUCACAGUCAGCAGUGGCUGUUCAGUGUUGCCGCAGACUUAUGACAGAUGUGUGAUUCAAUGAUC